GAGUAGAGAGAGUUGAUAAGAAACUACUUCACAAGUGUUAUUAUUAGUAGUAUAUGGCAAUACACAAUAUAAAGAUGUGGAUGUUGACUAGAACCAUGACAUGAUAUCGGUCAUCCUUUUCACUAACAGAGAGUGGUUGUUGUUGGCUAGUGGUGAUUCGUGUUGGUUAGUGGUUAGCCCUUCCAAAUAUAAUUUGUUUCCAGGGUAGUGGAUCCCAUCGGCGAUUAUUAGCCAUUAGCCGCCCCUCCAUUUUAUCAUAAACAAACCAGGUAAAAAGGGUAAAAGUGCCCAGAUACCUCAAAAUAGGUAUCACAGGCCAAAAAAGCUCGUCUUACUAUUUCACUACCAACCUUCCUUUACUGACGGAUAGAUCCCAAAAGCUUUCCUCUGAUCUCAACUUCAAUAUUUACCUGGAAAUUAAUUUGUGCCAGAUUACACCAGAGUUGGACAUACCAUACACACAGGAUACAGCCCACCUAACUCGAGAUUUGGUCCUUGUCAAUUUAAAUAAAAAGGGUAGCUGGGGCAACACAGGUUCUUUCAACUUCCCUUUCGCUAUUACACCCCAAAACUUCAGAAGUCUUCCCAUAUUUCCAACAUCACUUGCCGAAUGGAAUAUUCAGUCUAUCAGUAAAUUAUUGUCUGCCAUCAGGUCCAACAAUCCAGCUCGCGGUUACGGCUCCGGAGCAAGGCAACCUUUGAAAAUACAUUUUGGCAUUCACACCCAACGUCCUGCUCUGGCCUACCAUUCAAAUAUGGUAAAGGCAGAUUUUGAUCGGGAUUACUAUGCUGAUCUCGAGAUUGAGCAAGGAGCCUCAAUAAAUGAGAUCAAGAAGCAGUUUAGAAAACUUGGUACAAAGUCAUCCGCUUUCCCCCGCACCUAAAACUAAUCUUUUCUCUUGACAGCUCUCGUGUAUCAUCCAGAUAGAAAUUUAGGAAAAGAAACCGACAUAACUGCCAAGUUCCAGGCCAUUCAAUCCGCACAUGAAGUUCUUACGGAUCCAUUAGAGCGACAGAGAUACGAUGAUGCUCGAUCCAGAUUUCGCUAUACAUCAGCUUCAGCUUUUAGAUCUACGAAAGGCAAUCCAUAUUCAAGCUAUGGCUCUGAAUGGGCUCCUCCACCUAAACCACCACCAUAUCGACCUAAUAGGAAUCCCCCUCCGCAAUCUGCCGGUGCUGCAAGAUACUCGACUUUCCAAACACCGAAACAAUCAGCAAGCGCGGCGGCACAAGAGGGGCCUGAGGCAAGGAAGAGUACAUUCAAUGCAUGGGAGAGCAUGAAGGGCAACCAAAGGGCAUCAGCCAGUUAUAGAACUGGUUCUGGACCGACAUGGACUACACCGAAAGCAGCGCCCAGGAAUCAAUAUGACCGCGAAGAAAGCAGUAGCUUCAAGAACACUGCGCCUCCAAGACACAAGUCAAGCUUCGACGACUUUAGGUCUGAAUCAUACCAUGCGCGAACCCCGAGUAACCCUGCACCUCCUAUACCGAAAAGAAAUGGAUUCAUGCCUAGCAACCCAGGGGCCGAUGAGCCAUCUGCAGGGAAGGGAAAUUACUCUACAUCUCGCGUCAAUCGAAAUAUGCCACCACCCCCGCCACCAAGAGAGGCUCCGUCGUUUGAACAAGAACGAGAAAAAGCGUAUACUCCUGCUUCGGCUCCUCCUGUCAAUAAUAAUACCCGUCCAUCUCCGAAGAUAAACGAUCCAUUACGGGAAUUCAGGGCUGAAGAAGAGCCAUCUUACGAGCCUCGUCUCAGUACACCAUACGCCAGUGCCGGGGGAGAAAAAUUUGAUCCAUUUGACGCAGCCAAUUUAGCCAAGUCGAAGAGUAGUCGAGAGAGUUUUACUGAACCGAAAACUAGAAAGCCGGUCCCAAGGGCAGGAUCUGAUCCUGACCUAAACUACCCAAGUUCAAAUAGUACCCCAAAGGAUAGUACUCCAAAGGAUAGCUUUCCCAGAGUUAGCAUCCCAAAGGAUAAUUUUCAUAGAGAUAGCAUCCCAAAGAAUAGUUCUCCCAAGGAUAGUACUUCAAAGGAUAAUUUUUCCAAGGAUAGUUUUCCCAAGGACAGUAUUCCGAAGGAUAGUAUACCAAAGGACAAUGUUCCAAGAGUUAGUAUUCCAAGAGUUAGUAUCCCCAAAGAUAGCAUUCCAAAAGAUAAUAUUCCGAGGGAUGGUAUUCCGAGGGAUAAUAUUCCAAAGGAUAAUACUACGAAGGAUAAUACUACGAAGGACAGUACUCCAAAACCAGCACAGUCUUUCGCAACGUCGCCCGAUUCAUCAGAUUCCGGGAAUGCCCCAGAGAUCAAUGCCCAAAAACCGCGGGUUUUUGCCCAGCCUAGGAAACCUACCUCAGCCCAAGAGCAAAGACAGCCAGUUACUACUCCACCAGAAACAUCAAACCAAAGUAAGCGUGAUUUUAUCCAAGCCUUCCAGCAAGAGAUGAACAAUCCCAACUCAAACUACUUUCCGAAUGCUAACCCCUUUACAGAUGGACCUGCAGCCCAAGAAGAGCCAAAACGCCAAUCUUCAAUGUAUGAUACAUCUUCUAAGUACACUGCUUCUGAUCCCAAGGAGCCGUUUCAUCAUCUCAAGCAUGCAUCAUUUCCUGGAACCCCUCUGCGUCCGCCCCUUUCAUACUCCAAAAGCAUGCAGGAUGCAUACAGAGAAAAGUAUCCUGGAUCUUCUACUACUUUAAGAGGGCAUCACGCUGCAUCACCUCCUAGUGGAGGUUCUUCUCAUCAUUCGGAGGAUUUUCAACAAGGCCAAAAGGAGAAAUUGCAUCACAAGAGCGGCGUAUUCACUCAUAGCUUGAAUACUUUCGAGGCUGCUCAACACAACCUCGUCGACCGAUUGGUAGCCAAUAAGGAGCGGGCCCAGAAUCUCCAUCAAAAUGGUCAUGUGAAGUCAGUCAAGAGUGCCAACUACCAGGUCCACAAUGACAAGGCCAUUUAUUCGUUCAAAGCAACGUCGGCCGGAACAAGUAACUUCAUCAAAAGACCAACUUCUGUCACUAAAUCUCAUUCUGCAUUUUCAGCUGGCGAUUCGCGUUUGAAUUCUUUGUUAUUGGAUAAGUUAAAUGCACAUGCUAAUAUCAAUUCUCAAAACAGCUUUUCUAUGAAAUUAGAUGAUGAUACGUUCUCUCCUACUCGACCAAAAAUUAAUACCACCUUUUCCUCAGCGGAUUGGCGUGGAAAAUUUGAGGCUGGUGGUGAUUAUUUGAUACCAGAGCGGAAAACUACUCAGAUUCCACUUCACUCUCAUUUCCGCGCUCAGUCAGCAAGUCGGCCAAGACCUCGUUCUCCUGUAAAAAGCCGCUCCGCUGAUUCGAAACCUUUUCCAGCGCGAAAGCUAGACUCCGAUGCACCAAUCGGAUCCCCUGGUGGCACCAGGUUUUCUGCGAAGGAUUGGGAAGAAACAUUCAAACCUCAAACAUUCGCUCCUCCAUCAAUCCCGUCGCCUAUUAAACCUUCUCUUCCUCCACGAGUCGGGUCUCGGAGGCUAAGACUGCCUAUUCCUAAACCUACUGUUGGUUCUGCUGCUGUGUUUAAUGAAGAUGAUAGCUCAGAUGAUAAGCCACUCUUUGCUGGCAGGAAUCUGAAAGCUCCAAAACCUCCGGCUAGUCCAGAUGCGAUGGAUGUCGAUUCUCCUCCCCCGGCGACACCAGCCCCACCACCACAAGCUCCACAAACUCCACCGCCACAAGCUCCACCGCCACAGGCUUCCCCACCAAAAGCUUCACCACCAAAAGCUUCACCACCAAGGGCUAAUGCUAGACUGAAGAUUAACACCGACCAACUCAAAAGAUCUGCAGCCUCUUCCCAAUCUCCAGUCGAUGCAGAAGGCUUAGGGGUCGAAUUCCAUGAUUUAGACAUUCAAGACCUUCUUUCUUCCCUCAAUUUACCAAAGCCUCCCACUGCCCCAAGAUAUUCCCAUGAAUCAUAUACAGCAUUGUCACAAGGUAUCUAUUUAUCUGCAUUUACAGCUUACAUGGGUGACUGGGAUUUCUUCGCCAAACGUAUGUUGUUACAUCUCCUUGCACGCAAGAACCAAAACGAUGGGCUAGGAUCGAAUCGCUGGGAGAAUCCUCAGGGUUUGGAUAUUUAUAGGCGUGGGCUCAAAGAGGAUGGUGCGGUUAUGAGUCACUGGGUUGCGGCCGCGGCAAGUCAUGAUCAAGCUAUGAAAGAAUUUGCUAUUAAUAAAGAGCGUUUCGACAUAGCAGACGGCAGAGAUAGGGAACGGCCAAGGAAGAAGACACAUUAAAGUAAAUUUCGUGUGAUCUUGUUUUAUAGUAUUACUAGUUCAGUGAUGGUUUACUCAGACAUUUUUGUUAUUCGGUGAGUAUUAUUUUUCUAGAGAAAUCAUUAAGAAAGAUCACGGUGGAUAUUUAUGGAAUGAAGGAGUGAUGGUGGGGUUUCUGGAGAUGAAAUGGAAUGGAUGCAUUGAUGGAUCAAAAAGGGAUCAUUUGGUGGUGUGGUUCGGAAGUUCUGGUUCAGGUUCUGGUGUUUCAUCUUUGUGAUUCUUUGGGUUUAUUGAUUGUUUGGCUUUAAUUGGUUCUUUUCCAGAUACCCCUUGGGAUAAGGAUGGAUUGGCAUACAUAUCAGGAUUCAUUUGCUUACUAAUGUCUAGUUUGGCAAAGAAAUGAAGAUGUGAUGCGUCGUCAAUUCAUGGUAGGAUUUUUCGAAUGUUUUUUAUGCAUGAAUGAUGAAUGGAUGGCUGGAUGGAUUGAGCAUACAUACAUACAUCAUACAUAUGACACACUUUAGAAAAAUAAUCUUGUAUUUAUAGUAUCAAGUAUUUACUUUUUUGAGAUUUCUCUCUGGCUUUUUCGUUGGUUGUGAGUUUUGG